AUGCCACCCCCCGCCAAUCCCGCCAACGACGAAGCCCACCAGGCCCUCCUCAACGAACGAGACAUCGGCAUCCUCCCCAAACCCUUCCGAAACCCGCACUGGAAACCCUCCCAACGUCGCAACAAGAACCUCAAGCAAAUUAUCUCCGAAAACUCCCGCAAAGAAGCCUCCGUCCUAGCCACCCAAGCCAACUCCGGCGCAACAACCCCCUUCACAGCCGCCACCGACGGCUCCCAGACUCCCGCCGAAGCUGCCCCAGUGGGUAACAAGCCGCCCAAUCUCGCGCAAGCAUCGCAGAAUCUCUCAACAAUGGUCCUGGAGAAGAAUGCUCGCGCUUACGCGACGGGGCCGACCGUCACAUAUACGAAUAUCGAGUCUGCGCCGUCUCUGAGUGCGGCGCACCAGCGUCACUAUUGUGAUUUGACGGGAUUGCCGGGUCCGUAUACGGAUCCUAAGACUAGGUUGCGGUAUCAUGAUAAGGAGCUUUUUCGAGUUAUUCGGUCGUUGGCACAGGGGGUUCCUGAGAGUUAUCUUGAGGCUAGGGGGGGCUCAUACGGUAUUGAAAUAGAUGGUGCGAGAAGAGCGGCAGAGCGGAGCAAUGGAAAUCCAUUGCUGCUUGCUCUUUCUACUCAAGUACAUAUGAUAAUUUGGAAGUACAGUACUGUCUGA